AUGGCGUCUGUUACACCGACGCCGCCACCCACUUCGUCGUCGACAAGUGAUGUCUCAUCGACAAUUUCCUCAACGAGCGAGAGUUCUUCCAGCUCCAGCUCCGACAGCAGCUCUUCCAGCAGCAGCUCCAGUUCGACGACAUCGGAGACGACAUCAGAGACGACUUCCGUACCGCCAACAACGCUGUCUACACCGUCUACAAGCGUAUACCAGUCCGCAUCUGUGUUAUCGUCCGAUGGACAGGUGUACACGACGAUGAUCACUGUCACAACGGUGAUAGCACCUGGAACGGUGGUCACGCCUUCAAUAAAUACGCAGAAUGAAGACUCGGGCAGCAACACAGGUGCCAUUGUCGGAGGCGUGGUCGGAGGUGUUGCUGGAUUGGCGGCUAUUCUUGCACUCAUCUGGUUUCUGCUUCGGAGGCGACGAUCGCACGACGAGUUCGACGGUAACUUCGAUCCUGCACGUCUCGCGUCAGGCAAGGCAGGCGGGGGCGGGGGCGGGACACUUCCGCAAAUUGAUCUCGAAGACGAAGAUGACGGCAUGGGCGGGCGAUUGAACACGGGGGUCAACGGAGGGGGCGUCAUCAGCCCUUACACAUACACUCCAACUCCACAAAUGUCGCAUGUCGCAUCAGCACCUUUGGUCGGAACAGCUGCUGGCGUUGGAGCCGCUGCUGCGGCCGGAGCUGCCUACUCCAACGAGAAGCGACAUGGGAGCCAGAGCCAGUACAGUAACGGUCCAAGCUCUGCAUCAUACUAUCCACCAACUUCUACCGAUGGCCAUGUCCCAACUUCGCCCAUCACAUCUAGCGAGGGAGGGUACCCUCCAACUUCUAUGACUUCAUCGUCCGGGUAUUAUCCUCCAAAUCAGUAUGCUUCACCGUUUGGACGCGGGCCGUCUCCAGGCCCCAGUGUGGCGACUUCGCCGUAUCACAACAGUGGCAGCUCCGACCAUUCCUCUGCAGGAGCGCCUUCAGCCGCUGUUGGCGGUGUCUACAACCCGCGUAGCGCCAAGGAGAUGGAGGCGAUGGGCCUUCAUGCUCAGCCCCACGUCACGAACCCUGACGAGGGCUACUACCAACCCCACGUUCAGCAGCAGAUACACCAUCAUGGUAUACACCCUGGCACACCAGUGCAUCAAGCCUAUCUCCAAUACGGCCCUGGCGGUGCACCGGCUGCGACUCCACCAGUACUAGGCCAGCAGUAUGGUGCCUCAUCGCAAACCAACGUACCCGAUACCUUGCGGCCAGGGCAUUCUGCUGAUUCGCACGCUCAUUCCGGACCGGGCUCGUCUGCUGCUGGCGCUGCGGUGGUCGUUCAUGAGGACGGCGGAAGGGUGGUUAUGCGCAAGGGUGAGGCGGUCGACGAAGAGGAAGAGCAGCCACCCGAGAUACCACCGACCUACGAUAGCUUGCCCGCUGAUGUGAGGCGUUAA